GGUUCUAGAACGUUGCUGUGGUAGCGCUCGGGCGCCAUGUUAGGACGAAGGGGAAGGAGGAGAAGUGCUUAAAGCGGCGGGGCGCGGGUGUGGGACUGGGUUGGUCCUGGGGCUGAGGCAGGCCCCCGUCCCUCCCGCCUCGGUGGAUCAUGCCCAGGGCGGCAGCGGUGGCGGCGGUCGCGGGGGGGAAGUGACUGGGCGGUGCCGGCGCCAGAGACGAUGCCGUUUCCAGUUACAACGCAGGGAUCACAACAAACGCAGCCGCCACAGAGGCACUAUGGCAUUACCUCUCCUAUCAGCUUAGCAGCCCCCAAGGAGACUGACUGCCUACUCACACAGAAACUCAUCGAGACUUUGAAGCCCUUUGGGGUUUUUGAAGAAGAAGAGGAACUGCAGCGCAGGAUUUUAAUUUUGGGAAAAUUAAAUAACCUGGUGAAAGAAUGGAUAAGAGAAAUCAGUGAAAGCAAGAACCUUCCACAAUCUGUAAUUGAAAAUGUUGGAGGAAAAAUUUUUACAUUUGGAUCUUACAGACUAGGAGUACAUACGAAAGGUGCUGAUAUUGACGCAUUGUGUGUUGCACCAAGACAUGUUGAUCGAAGUGACUUUUUCACCUCAUUCUAUGAGAAAUUGAAAUUACAAGAAGAAGUAAAAGACUUAAGAGCUGUUGAAGAGGCAUUUGUUCCUGUUAUCAAACUCUGUUUUGAUGGAAUAGAGAUUGAUAUUUUGUUUGCAAGAUUAGCACUGCAGACUAUUCCAGAAGAUUUGGACCUACGAGAUGACAGUCUGCUUAAAAACCUAGAUAUAAGAUGCAUAAGAAGCCUUAAUGGUUGCAGGGUAACCGAUGAGAUUUUACAUCUAGUACCAAACAUUGACAACUUCAGGUUAACUCUGAGAGCCAUCAAACUGUGGGCCAAACGGCACAACAUCUAUUCCAAUAUAUUAGGUUUCCUCGGUGGUGUUUCCUGGGCUAUGCUAGUAGCAAGAACUUGCCAGCUUUAUCCAAAUGCAAUAGCAUCAACUCUUGUACAUAAAUUUUUCUUGGUAUUUUCUAAAUGGGAAUGGCCAAAUCCAGUGCUAUUGAAACAGCCUGAAGAAUGCAAUCUUAAUUUGCCUGUGUGGGACCCAAGGGUAAACCCCAGUGAUAGGUACCAUCUUAUGCCUAUAAUUACACCAGCAUACCCACAACAGAACUCCACGUACAAUGUGUCCGUUUCAACACGGAUGGUCAUGGUUGAGGAGUUUAAGCAAGGUCUUGCUAUCACAGAUGAAAUUUUGCUGAGUAAGGCAGAGUGGUCCAAACUUUUUGAAGCUCCAAACUUCUUUCAAAAGUACAAGCAUUAUAUUGUACUUCUAGCAAGUGCGCCCACGGAAAAGCAGCGUCUGGAAUGGGUGGGCUUGGUGGAAUCAAAAAUCCGCAUCCUGGUUGGAAGCUUGGAGAAGAAUGAGUUUAUUACACUGGCUCAUGUGAAUCCCCAGUCAUUUCCAGCCCCUAAAGAAAGUCCUGACAAGGAAGAAUUUCGCACGAUGUGGGUGAUUGGGUUAGUGUUUAAAAAAACUGAAAAUUCUGAAAAUCUCAGUGUCGACCUCACCUAUGAUAUUCAGUCUUUCACAGAUACAGUUUAUAGGCAAGCAAUAAACAGUAAGAUGUUUGAGUUGGAUAUGAAGAUUGCAGCAAUGCAUGUGAAAAGAAAGCAACUCCAUCAACUGCUGCCUAGUCACGUGCUUCAGAAAAAGAAAAAGCAUUCAACAGAAGGAGUCAAGUUAACAGCUCUGAAUGACAGCAGCCUUGACUUGUCUAUGGACAGUGAUAACAGCAUGUCUGUGCCUUCACCCACUAGUGCUAUGAAGACUAGUCCAUUGAACAGUUCUGGCAGCUCUCAGGGCAGAAACAGUCCUGCUCCAGCUGUGACCGCAGCAUCUGUGACCAGCAUCCAGGCUUCCGAGGUUUCUGUGCCACAAGCAAAUUCCAGUGAAAGCUCAGGGGGUCCAUCAAGCGAAAGCAUUCCUCAAACUGCCACACAGCCAGCCAUUUCUCCACCACCAAAGCCUACGGUCUCCAGAGUUGUCUCCUCAACACGUCUGGUAAACCCAUCGCCUAGACCUUCAGGAAAUGCAGCAACGAAAGUACCUAAUCCUAUAGCAGGCGUCAAGAGAACGUCCUCACCCAAUAAAGAAGAAAGUCCUAAGAAAACCAAAACCGAAGAGGAUGAAACAAGUGAAGAUGCUAACUGUCUUGCUUUGAGUGGACAUGAUAAAACAGAAACAAAGGAACCAGUUGAUGUGGAGACAAGUGUGAUUCAGUCAGAAACUGCUCCGGCAUCAGCUUCUCUGUUGGCCUCUCAGAAAACAUCCAGUACAGACCUUUCUGAUAUCCCUGCUCUCCCUGCAAAUCCUAUUCCUGUUAUCAAGAAUUCAAUAAAACUGAGACUGAAUCGGUAAAACCACCUCAGGGUCCAUAAACAGUAUCUGCCAACUCAACCUGUUGUCUUCAGAUGCUAAAAAAAAAAAAAAAAAAAAAAAAAAAAAAAAAAAGGAAAGAAAGAACAAAGAAAAGAGAAGAAAAAAAGGAGAAUGGAGGAUACAAGACUAGACCUGACUGACAAUGGAUUUAGGUUUUUGGUGACCUCCCUCACUUGGGCUCAUCAGCACUUGAUCGGAAGUCCAGGUUAGUAUGUGAAGCCAGGAGUACUAUUUUUAUUGUGUUAGCAACAGUUGCAUUAACUAUUUCAGAAAAAUUACUGCCUUUAAGAAGGAAAAAAGCAAAACAGACCCCUCAAACUAUGUUUGUAUCCAUAAUUGACAUCCAGAUCGGGUUUAUUUAUGAUGCAUUGUUUGGAAAAUUUGCAAUACAAACUGGCAUAAGGAUUCCUUAUUCUGAUGAUGCACUUUUAUGUAUUUUUUAUUAGAAAGUAGAACUAAUUUUAGAUUUUCAACUUAAUGGAUUUUCAAUUUUUUUUCCCAAAGAAUUUUCUUUAUAAUUAGUCUUUAAAUUGGAUACCUUGUGCAGUGGUGCACUGUUCUGCCUCAGAGAGGACACCUAGCUCAGUCCUUAUGAGGCAGCUGUAACCUUUAGUGUGAAUUGUCAAGGCUGAGGUAUACUUUGAAACACUGAAAGAAAAAUUAGGAGAUACUUGGUUUUGAUAGGGUUAUGAUUAAGAAGUAUAUAUUCCUUUUAUUUAUAGAGUUGUUUUAUAGUGCAUACAAAUCAGUCAGCCAACAAGUGUGGUCGUUGAGCUUUCUGAAGCUCUCUGUUCUUUUGCCUUCAGUCUGUUAUCUUCAAAACAAACAAAAGCGCUUUUCUCCCCCCACCC